GCGAACUCUGGUAAUUAAUUCUGCUUAGGAUAGAGAUUAAGCUCUCUACUGUAUCAAAUAUACACACAUGCUUUCUGGAGGACAGAAAACAAAAUCGUCCUUAUCGAUCUGUCUUGGAAAAACACAACAAUCACGUAGAUUCCACUGAGAGCAUCCAUGAUUCUUCUCCCACUCACCCUGUAAAUUGACCAAAUAGCAAAAAAUGGAAUCGCAUUACCCCGUUGCUGCCCCACCGCGAGAUGCCACGAGCAUUUUAAAUAUAUAUAUACGUAAAUCCAUCCUCCAGGGAGCGAGCAAGGAAGAUGGAGGCCACGAACCUUAGUAGCAGCAAGGGCGACGAUCACGAGGGAUUCCUCCUCAAGCUUCGAUCGAGGCUAGACAACGUCGGAGUUGAGCUCCCAGAGGUUGAGGUGAGGUUCCAUGGCUUGGAGCUCAGCGUCGAUGUUUACACCAGGAGCAGCCGAGCGAUCUCCAGCAUUGCAAACUCUUUCGUCAACACCGUCCAGAGCUUCCUGAGCUUGCUCCAUGUCCUGCCAUCGAACAAGCAAUCGAUUAACAUCCUACACAGCGUCGAUGGUGUUGUCAGACCUUCCAGGCUGACGCUGCUGCUUGGUCCACCCGCAUCUGGCAAGACAAGCUUACUCUUAGCACUCGCCAGUAAGAUCCAAUGCAAGGGAGAGGUGACUUACAAUGGAUGCACUCGCGACGAAUUCGCCCUCCGGAACGAGAUCGCGUACAUCAGCCAGCGGGACUUGCAUCUAUCCGAGCUUACAGUUCGAGAAACACUGAACUUCGCAGUGCGAUGCCAAGGCGCCGGUCACCAAGGAGAGAUUUUUAAAGAAGUCGAGAAAAGAGAAAAGGCAGCAGGAAUCAUACCCGAUCCAGACGUUGAAGCUUUCAUGAGAGCUGCUGCUGGUGACGAUGCAAAGCCCAGCAUCAUGUGCGAAUACAUGAUCCAGGUUCUUGGCAUGGACACUUGCGCCGAUACAAUCGUAGGCAAUGCUCUUCAGCGAGGAAUAUCUGGAGGACAGAAAAGGAGACUCACAGCAGGAGAAGUGCUGGCUGGUCCCGCAAGAAUUUUGUUCAUGGAUGAAAUUUCUACGGGACUGGACAGCUCCACCACGUACCGAAUGAUCAGUUUCCUGCAGCAAACCGUGAAAGCUUUGAGCAAAACGAUGCUGAUCUCGCUGCUGCAACCACCCCCAGAGGUUUUCGAGCUGUUUGACGAUCUUAUACUCCUUGCGGAAGGACAUAUAGUAUACCAUGGAACUCGAGAAGGUGUUCUACAAUUUCUUGAGGCCCAAGGCUUCAAAUGUCCUGCAAGAAAAGGAGUAGCAGAUUAUUUACAAGAGGUAGUGUCAAGAAAAGAUCAAAAAGGUUAUUGGUGCGGUGAUAAAGAAGCUUACCGGUUUGUAUCGGGAAAAGAUUUUGCUGCUGCUUUUCAACGAUACCGGGCUGAUGAAUUCACGCUCAAGGACUUGAAGAAAGUUUAUCCUGCAGGGAAAAAGGAACCAAAGAUGAGUUCCUGGAAGCUGUUUCUGGCCUGCUGCUCAAGAGAAAUCAUACUGAUAAAACGUAAUCUCUACGUUCAUGUGACUAGCAACGUAAUUCAGGGCUCGAUUAUAGCGGUGAUUGUCUCGACCAUAUUCCUGCGAACAACAAUGCAUCAUGAGACCGUCCAAGAUGCAAACAAAUUUAUGGGUGUUCUGUUCUACAUGAUCAUGAAUAUCAUGUACCGUGGAUUACCUGAGAUGACACUCACAAUCACGAGACUUCAAGCCUUUUACAAGCAACGAGAUUCGCAGUUUUAUCCCGCUUGGUCUUGGGCAUUGCCAACGAUAUUUUUCAGGAUCCCGAUGAGUUUCAUGGACGUGGCAAUCUGGACCUGCAUUACAUACUGGGGAGUUGGGUUUGCUCCCGAGUUUACCAGCUACUGGACAUCUCCUUACAUGUAUGGCCAGAACGCUUUAGCUGUCAAUGAGUUCUAUGCGCAACGGUGGAGCAAGAGUGUAUUCCUGACACUGAUGCUCCAGGAUAAGAAAAGCCAUCCCAAGAGUGAUACCAAGAGAUUGCAGCUGCUACACAAUGUAAGUGGAGCUCUCCGGCCAGGAGUUCUAACGGCACUCAUCGGCGUGACUGGCGCUGGGAAGACUACACUGUUCGAUGUUCUCGCCGGAAGAAAGACCGUGGGGUACGUCCGAGGAGAACUCAGCGUCUCUGGAUACCCGAAAAACCACAAAACCUUCGCAAGAGUUUCUGGUUACUGCGAACAGGUUGACAUCCAUUCGCCUCAUGUGACAGUCUAUGAGUCGCUCGUCUUCUCUGCGUGGUUGCGUCUCCCACAAGACGUGAAUCACGAAACCGUGCUGAGGUUCGUCGAAGAAGUAAUGGAGCUUGUGGAGCUUGACAGCAUACGAAAUGUCUCAGUAGGAGUUCCCGGCGUGUCUGGCCUCUCGACCGAGCAACGCAAGCGCCUGACGAUUGCUGUAGAGCUCGUUGCAAAUCCAUCUAUCCUGUUUAUCGACGAACCAACCUCGGGUCUGGAUGCUCGAGCGGCGGCCAUAGUUAUGAGAGCCAUACGAAACACUCUCUUCCUCAUGAAACGUGGAGGACAACUCAUUUAUGCCGGACCUCUUGGCAAAGAAUCCUGUCACUUGAUAGAGUAUUUCGAGGCCAUUCCCGGGAUUCCAAAGAUAAAGGACGGCCAGAAUCCAGCAACCUGGGUGAUGGAAGCUACCACUCAGUCGAAGGAAGAACUUCUCGGAAUAAACUUAGUCGAGAUCUACGAGAACUCACCACUCUACGGGAGAAACCAGAACCUCAUAAGAGCGAUCAGUGUCCCAGCUCCACAAUCCCAAGACUUGCACUUCCGGACUACAUACUCCAAGCCAUUCCUGGAGCAGUUUUACACCUGUUUGUGGAAGCAGCACCGUUCUUACUGGCGAAAUCCAAUCUACUUCUACUCCCGGAUGUUCUAUGGAGUCGUCGUUGGCUUUCUACUCGGAACCAUGUUCUGGAACUCUGGAAAGGAGCUAAAAACCGAGCAGGACAUCUUCAACUUGCUCGGGGCCAUGUACACUUCCACAAUCUACGUUGGCAUCUCGGACUCUAUCAGCGUCCAGCCGCAAGUGAUCAUGGAGCGAGAAGUUUUCUACCGAGAAGUAGCCGCUGGAAUGUAUUCUCCACACGCCUUUGCUCUCUCACAGGUGAUCAUCGAAGUCCCCUAUAUACUCCUCCAAGCAGCAUCCCAGAGCCUCCUGAUCUAUCUCCUCGUCGGCCUCCAAUGGACACCAGCAAAGUUCUUCUACUUCGUGUUCUUCAUCUUUGGCUCCUGCCUAAACUACACGCUGUUUGGAAUGCUUGGUGUAGCCAUGACGUCCAAUUUCCAAAUGGCCGUGCUCACGCAAGGAGCUCUCGUCCCCUGGAACAUCUUCUCCGGCAUUAUCAUCCCUCUGGCUAAAAUCCCACCGUGGUGGCGAUGGUGUAGCUGGCUGUGCCCCCCAACUUGGACGCUCUAUGGCCUCCUAGCUUCGCAGCUGGGAGAUGUGGAGACGCCGAUCGAAGUUCCUGGACAGAGCAAAUCAUCCAGUGUGAAGAAUUUCAUUCGCGACUACUAUGGAUACCAGGAGGAAGGCCUGCGAUUCGUGGUAUUCAUGCACAUCGUCUUCCCGGCCGUGUUUGCGCUCGCAUUCACAGUGCUGAUCACAUACGCGAAAUUCCAGAAGAAAUAGAUCGGCUGUGUGGCCUCCCAAGAACCCUAAACAGACCUAGCCGUUGGGUUAAUCUCAGCCGUCCAUUUUCCGGAAGUUCUGAUUUUGAUUCUUCGUAA